AUGAGUUGGGAACAACCCAUCUUCAGCACUCGAGCUCAUGUCUUCCAGAUUGACCCAAACACAAAGAAGAACUGGGUACCCACCAGCAAGCACGCAGUUACUGUGUCUUAUUUCUAUGACAGCACAAGAAAUGUGUACAGGAUAAUCAGUUUAGAUGGCUCAAAGGCAAUAAUUAAUAGCACCAUCACCCCAAACAUGACAUUUACUAAAACAUCUCAGAAGUUUGGCCAGUGGGCCGAUAGCCGGGCAAACACUGUUUAUGGACUGGGAUUCUCCUCUGAGCACCAUCUUUCAAAAUUUGCAGAAAAGUUUCAGGAAUUUAAAGAAGCUGCUCGACUAGCAAAGGAGAAAUCACAGGAAAAGAUGGAACUUACCAGUACACCUUCACAGGAAUCGGCAGGCGGGGAUCUUCAGUCUCCUUUAACACCAGAAAGUAUCAAUGGAACAGAUGAUGAAAGAACGCCUGAUGUGACACAGAACUCAGAGCCAAGGGCUGAACCAACUCAGAAUGCAUUGCCCUUUUCACAUAGGUAUUCAUUAAAGGACUACGCCUUCCAGUAA